CUCACAAGUGUGGGAAACAGAAGACAGGAUCACGGCUCUUAUAAGGAGAGGAACUUCAGGAGAAGAAACACACACACGAUCCAGUGACAGCACGCGAACUGCAGACAUAAUGGCACCUACUGUUUGCAAACUCACGCAGUCUGGAAAGGAUAAAACUAAAAUGAGGAAACCAGUGGUGGAGAAGAUGCGCAGAGAUCGUAUUAACAGAUGCAUCGAGCAGCUGAAAGUUCUUCUGAAAGCCGAGCUAAAAGCCAGCCAGCACUGCUCUAAACUAGAGAAGGCUGACGUCCUGGAAGUGGCUGUCAUUUACCUGAAGAACAACACGUGGCCGCGGGCGCCGGAUGCGCAUGCGCAGAGCUACGCCGACGGUUUCUCUAGGUGUAUCGAGGAGACGGUGCGAUUCCUGUCACUCCACAACCAGCAACAGAUCAACAAACCAGUGAUGGAACACUUUGACGGGACCCAGCGAGCCAAAGUAAGCGCGCAGGACCGCUGUCAGAUCGCGUCAAAGAGCACCGGAGAGCAGGCGCUUUGGAGACCCUGGUGAUCUUCAUAGCAUCCUCAUGAAGACGUACAGAGAACGGACUGUUUCUCUAUCUUAGUAAAACAUGUCAUUUUUAUAAAAUGUUGAUGUAGACAGCAGCUGUCAUGACGCAGAGAAUGUUUCAGUUUACCCCAAGCCUGAGUCUGAGAGCACGCGCUGCUUCACCUGUGUGGAGAUCAACUUUAUUUACAUAUUGUAAAAAUGCGUACUACGUUACGUCACCUUAUUAUGUUUCUGUUGGAAAUAACCUCUUUAAUUAGAUUGGUAACCUUUAGAGGCGUUAAAUCCCUCAUAUUGAUGGAAUGUGUAAUGGUAUCUCAUGAGUUCAGGAGAAAAAUAAACUAAGUUACACACA